AACAACAACAUGAAUACCAUGGUCAGACAACAAGAUUAAUAUUAGAGAAAAGAAUUUCUCUAUUAAUCUUUUUAUAUCACGAUUUUUUUGAGGAACACUUCCAGACGACGUCGUUUGGAAUAAGCAUCAGGAUGCUUAUUGAUGUGUAGACAGGGCACAAGGAACAUGGUUAGUUGCUUACGGUGGGUGCAUACACAGGGGAUAAUAUCCCUUAGGGUGUUAAACUGGUAUUUCGUGUAUUUGUGGGGUAGAAAUUGUAAGUAAACUUGUUUGACUUCGUUGACUAUAUACUCUCCCUCCCUUUUAAUCCUUUUAAACGAACUCAGAGUACACCAAUAUUCAUUCAUUCAUUCAUAAUUCAUUCACAUUCUUACAUAACACAAAUUCAAGAAACAAUCUUUUUCUAAUUUUUCCUUUCAAAUAUUCUUUCAUUCAUCUCAGUCAACAAAACCCACCUUUUUUUUUCAAAUUCUAUAAUCAUGUAUAUCAAAUACGACGGAAUGCUUAACAGUGCAGUUAAAGGUUUGUGUUUUGAGUCCAAAGGACCUCUGAUUCUUGUUAGCUGUGAAAACGGCGCUGUAAAGUUGAUCAACUAUGAGUUGAAAAGGGUUAUCUGUGACUUUAAUCGACAUAACGGGAAACCGGUUCGUAGCGUUAGUUUCGAAAGAAAUAGACCAUUCUUCGUCUCGGGAGGAGAUGAUUAUAUGAUCAGAGUAUGGGAUUACCAACUGCGGCAGUGUAUGUUUGCUUUGUCUGGUCAUACUGGUAUUAUCAGGACAGUACAGUUUCACAAUAAGAAGCCGUGGAUUGUUAGCGCUAGUGAUGAUGAAAGUAUCAGGAUUUGGAAUUGGGAGUCCCGUAAAUGCAUGUCUGUUUUGCGUGGCUACAAGGGUCAUGUAAUGUGUGCGUUAUUCCAUCCAGACAAAGGCCAUGAACAAGGAGUUAAUUGGGCCUCAUUCCAUCCUAGUCUCCCUCUUAACGUUUCUGGAGCUAAAGAUCACCAAGUGAAGGUCUGGCAAAUGCAAGAUGCAAAAGCUUGCGAGUUGGACACGACAUUAGAUGGCCACAUGGAUAUUGUGUCAUGUGUUCUUUUCCAUGAUAGACUAGAUACUACUGUAGUAUCAACCUCAGAGGAUAAAAGUAUACGUGUUUGGGAAGCCACAAAAAGAACUGGGCUUCAAACUUUCAGCAGGGAGCAUGACAGGUUCAGGAUUCUUGGCCGUCAUCCUGAUAUGAAGCUUCUGGCCGCUGGCCAUAACAGAAAACGCAGGGCGUUCUCUCUCUAA